AUGAGUAUUCUGCGCAUAAGCCCGGUAAAACGCCUAGUAAAGUCACAGUUCCGAUGGUUAUGUUUGCUUAGCCUGAGCCUUACUUUGUUAUUGUGGAUUGGACACAUGGUCAAACGGAACACCUUUCACGUUCCUUUGCACAACCGAGGACUCAGUGGCUAUGCUCGAAUCUCGGAGAGCAGAAAAGACCAGGUCCUGGACAUUUACUGUGACCGUUGUGCCUUGGUCUCCAGCUCAGGCCAGAUGCUUGGAUCUGGCGCUGGAGAGGAGAUCGAUACUAACGAGUGCGUGAUCAGAAUGAACAACGCGCCCACGGUGGGAUACGAGACGGACGUCGGGGGCCGCACUUCGGUCCGAGUCGUGUCUCAUACAAGUAGAAACAUGAGACAAGAUGGAAAGGGGAGAGUUUUCAAUGCGCUUUUGAAAAUUGCCAAGAAAUAUCCAGAAGCUAAACUCUACGCCGUAACAAGCGAGAAGAUUCAAUAUUGUGACAAUGUGUUUCAAAAUGAGACGGGGAAAAACAGGAUGAAGACUGGGGCUUUUUUGAGCACAGGGUUUUUCACUAUGAUUCUAGCCUUGGACAUGUGUGACAGCAUUAAUGUUUAUGGAAUGAUCGACAACAAUUAUUGCAGUAGAGCCAAUCACAGUGUUGUUCCUUACCACUACUAUGAAAGCAAACGUAUCAACGAAUGCCGAAUGUACAAAGUUCACGAAAACACCAAACGAGGAGGACAUCGAUUCAUCACCGAAAAAGCCAUCUACGCCAAAUGGGCGACGCGCCACAAGAUGGAGUUUUACCAUCCGUCGUGGAAGCUCUGA